CUGUGUUCGAUUACUAAUGCCUUGUCCGAACUGUAGGGGAAUGUGUGGCUUCCGCUCGUCCAUUACAACAUUGGACUUGAGUGAAGCAACAUCGUGUCCAUGUAGUUCAUUCUAUUUUCCCCUUUUACAGAGUCAGAGACAGAGAGAUAACAGUAGAAGAAGGUAGGCUACUGGAGCACUGCAGCGUAUCUGGACAUUUUACAUCUGGAGUUCCUGAGGAAGAAUGGAUCUUUUGCCUACAAGUGACUCUGCUAAUUUCAGCACUGCGACUACAUUUGAAGACCAAAACAACAAUUGUCCUCUAGCAAAAUUCAAAGAUUGGCAGUCGACUGUGCUCCCGCGUGUAUGCUGCUGAUCAGUGUGCUGGGAAUCGGGAUGAAUGUGUGUGUCCUGAUGGUUUUCUGCCUUCAUAAGAAGGCCUGCACCGUGGCUGAGAUCUACUUGAGCAACCUGGCUGCUGCUGACCUUUUCUUAAUGACGUGCUUGCCUUUGUGGGCUGCAUAUGCAAUCAACAGAUACGACUGGCCCUUUUCUCAUCACCUGUGCUCACUGUUCCCCCUUUCUAUCAACAAGAACGCCUACUGCAGCAUCUACUUCCUCGUUCUGAUUAGCAUAGAUCGCUAUAUUGCACUGGUGCACCCACUGUCCCAUAAAGGAAUAAGGAGGAGAAAAUUUGCCAAACUGGCCUGUGUGCUUUUGUGGGGUUUCGGCUUGCUCCUGAGCGUCCCCACAGUCGUGUACAGGAUAGUGUUAUACAACUCUCAAUUUAAUAAAAGUUUAUGCAUUCUUAAUUACAGAGAUAUCAAGGAACAGCUCCUGUUUAAUGGGAUGCAGAACACAUUCGGUUUUAUCAUACCCAUUUGCAUCAUUUCCUACUGCACUUUCAUUAUUAUUCACUCUCUGACUAACCGGUUAAGUGAGAGGUCAAACAGUCAGAAAACGGAGCAGAAGCCCACCACUCUGGUGCUGGUGGUCCUUUUGGCGUUUGUGAUUUGCUGGGUGCCGCACCACGUGGUAACGAUACUGGAAACACUCCGCCAAGCUAAUGUCCUGAGAGGAUGUAGCAUCAUCGCCAACCUAGAGAUCUGCCGCCCAAUCUUCAUGUACUUAGUUUUCUUCAACAGUGUUUUUAACCCCAUCCUCUACGUCAUUGUAGAUAAGAACUUCAGGAAAAACUGAAGAAAACUCAGUCUGAUCGACAAAAAAUUGAAAUUGUUAACCAUUUUCACAAAAGAAAGAUAAGAGAACUAUUUGAUUUAUGUAAUCUGAAUUCACAUUAAAUAAGACCCUGCUCCAUAUUGUGAGGUUUGAACUCCCUCUUUGAUUGGGACAUACUGUAACCCUAAAAUAAUAAAAGAGGGAAGUCUUCUGCGGAACAUAAUUCGGCCUUUCUUAAUAGUAUCCUGAACCCAUGUCUUCUCUGGACAGGCAGCACUCCAGGAGGAAAGUUAGGGAGAAGGAGGGCGAGACGUCAUCACAGAUGAUCACAUACGGCCUGACAUCAACACUCCUCAAUGGUCAUAUCAACAGACCAGAGGAAAGCGUGACCAUUUUUUAUGCAUGGGAGAAGAUGUGACUCUUUCGUUAGAAGAUAUGGGACUCAAUUUACCGUAUAUGCCAUUCUAACACUUAUGCCCUAACUGUUGUUUCGUUAGAAAUGCUUUCAGACUUCAUACAAUAAAACGAAAAAAGAAAAAAGAAACAUCUUGUGUAAAUGAACUAUUUGCAACAUUCAUUUAAUGCAAUACCUGGAAUGGCAUAAAUGCAAAAACAUAAUCUUUUGCUUACUUACGAAUAAACUUACACCUAUGUGACUGUA